GAACGGGUUGUCCCGAGUGCUUGAAAAGAGUUCUGCCUUUUCCGGUAGCCAUAUUUGACCAGCAUGCCUCCUAAAGGGAAGGAUGCAGGCAAAUCAGCCAAGGGCGGCAAGGCCCCAGCCAAAAAGAAGGAAGGAAGUGGAGGUGGCAAGGCCAAGAAGAAGAAGUGGUCUAAGGGAAAAGUGCGAGACAAAUUGAACAAUCUCGUUCUCUUUGAUCAAAGCACUUAUGAUAAACUGUACAAAGAAGUACCCAGCUACAAACUGAUCACACCAUCUGUGGUCUCUGAGAGGCUGAAGAUCAGAGGCUCUCUGGCCAGAGCUGCUCUUUCAGAAUUACAACAGAAAGGCCUAAUCAAGCUUGUUGUGAAACACUCCAGUCAACUGAUAUACACCAGAGUUACCAAGGAUGAGGCAUAAACUGUUACCGUAGCAACAUGGUAUACUUGCCAGAACACCUUGAAAAAACACCUGGCAUGAAACAUUGCAUUGAUUUGUUUGUACAUUUAAUAAACAACAGUGACUGAAAUCAUGUAAUCAUGAUCAGUAUCUGUCAACAAUAAAAAAAUGUAAAGAGAAA